GUCUCUAUAUCGAUACACCGAUACCAAUCAAUGGGACUUACUUUUCCUUUUUGCAAAUUUUUUUGGUCAUAAUGAUUUUUUGCAAUUCUCGUUUUUCAAAAUUUCAUGGAACACAAAUCGUGCGUUCUCUUUUUUCGUGAUGCCACUUGCUCUUCUAUCAAUCGUUGGUCCAUUUUUCGGCUGUUAUCACGUUUGUCGUGUAUCAAUUCGUUUCCCUGUUUUUAUAGAAUGUUAGUGAACUCUCUGAAUAUUUUUCUAUUACUUUUUCAUUGUUUUUACGCUCCCCGCAUAUUUAGGCAUGAAGAUUUGUUCGGUGAGAGAUGCAAGAUGAGAGAAACAAAAACAAAUGCCUAAAAAGUAUUGAUCGCAUCGGUGACUGAUGAUGAUGGCUGUUUACGGAGCCUAACUGUAUGUAGUUUUCUUUUGUCGCUGAAAUAGUUAAUUGUUGUUCCAAUAGUCAAUUUUUGAAGUGCCUCUGAGGGAAUUUAUUGUUUCCAUAAGGAUGAAUAUUAAUAGUAAUGACUAAAAGUACAGUACAUGCUACUAUUGUAAUAAGGAUCAAAGGGAGUUUUUUGCUUUUUUAUUUAGAGAAGAAAACUGGAUAUUGAUCUUAAUAUUGUUUCUUUCUAAUAUUUAAUAAUCAUAAUAUUGAAAAUCCUGUGGGUUACGUGCCGGCGUACACGUUGGUCACCACUAUGGGGGUCGACGGAGAAGCCGUGAGUUGGACAAACGACGUGUACGAUCAAAACUGUAAUAAUGAAAACGCACCUUUGACAAAUAAAACAAUGGAUACAAUACCAAACACAUUAAAUGAAUCCUUGUCUAUUAAAGAAGAAAUUGUAUUGACGCCAAUAUUAAAUAAAUCCACAUUAAAAAAUAUGCCACGUGCGAUGAAAAGAGGGUCAACAAUAGAAGAUUUGCAUAAUCAUUGGAGGAAAAUGGGAUCACAAGCCUUGGCUACAACCUUAUCAGCACUAUAUGGUAAACUUUUAGUUGUCAUGGGCAUUGCAUUUCCAAUGUCUGAAGUUAUAUCAACCCAUAUUCCUCAUUCAUUCUAUGAAGGAUAUUACUUGUAUCUCUACUUUGGGAGUAUGUCUUUCUUAUUUUAUAUGUAUGGGAUGCUUCUAGAAGGUAAACCGACAAUGAAACCUUCUAAUGAUGAUAAUUAUGCUGACUCAGAUAGUGAAACAUCAUCUUCAGGUGGUUUAGAAAGUGAAAGUGUAUCCAUAUGUUUUCAGGAAAACGAAAAAAGUGUUACUAAUCAUACAAAAGCGACUAGUAUAGAUUUAAAUCACUGGAGCCAUGUCCAUCAUCACAGGGGUCGAAGAAAUUCUAAUCAUUUGAUAUUACCUUCUACAUUUCAACAUUACGGUAGUUUUUACUUAAGAAUGGGAGCAGUCGCGUUUGGUAUUGGCAGUAUGAUAUACUCAGGACUAGAAUUCGGGCAAUAUUUUGAAUUAGAGCCAGCAACUAAGUGCCACAAUGUUUUAUUGGUAUUAACUCCGGCAACUCGAAUGGCUUUCAUUUUCAUUCAAAUGUAUUUUAUAUUUUUAAAUGAUGAGCAACAAAUGAGAGUAACGCGACAUCGUACGUUAGCUAAAUUUGGUUUAAUGCAUAUGAUUGGUACUAACUUAUCAGUGUGGCUAAAUGUGCUCGUUCAAGAAACUAAACAUGAAAUAUUAACUUUUUACAAUCCCGAAGACAACUCGAUUGGUAUAGACAAACACCCUAAUCAAUUUUCUGUAUUCAAAAAGUUGGCGUCGUCUACAACGCAAAUGCCUAUUACUUCUACAUUAGCCACCAAGAUAAAACGCAGUUUAGCCAAAGGACCUCAUCAUAUAUAUGAAUGCCGUCGGACAAAUAUUAUAGGAUCGUUGGUACAAAACGCUAGUCCGUUUUUAUUUCCGUGUACCAUCGAGUACAGUUUGAUAUGUGCGGCUAUACUAUACGUUAUGUGGAAGAACAUUAGCCGAGUGCAUGCUGAAAAAUAUCGACAGCGAAAAGAAGAACAAUGUGAAAAUCUAAUAACACAAUACCGGAAAUCACCACAUUACUAUUCGGUGGACUGUGCACAAGCCCACAAAGGUCUAUUCGUCGGUAUUUUAUUUCUUGUCCUUACCAUAAUAUCACUAAUUCUAUUUUUCGUGCUCAUUUCAAGACCUGAGCUUAUUACCUUUGCUGUUAUGGAGGUUAACAUUUGCGAGCUUUCCUUGUACGGUAUGACAACUUUAGCUACGAUGGUCGGAAUGAUUCAAGUGCGACAGCUUAAAUUUGACGGACUUCGCAACUUGGAAUUAGACAAUAUUUUGUUGGUCGGUGCACAAACGGGUUCUUUUAUCUACAGUACUUUUACCAUAAUAAGCAGUCACUUCACAAAAGAGAACAAUACCAAUCUGGCGCUAAUUACUGCGUCAGCAUCGCUAGUGCAAACAUUUUGUCAGACUGUGUUUAUUUUAGAUGCUUCUAGGCGAUCAUGCGUUACACCUCAUCAGAUUCGUAAAAAACCCGGCCGAGAAAUAGUAACGUUCUUGUUGGUCAGUAAUUUGGCCAUGUGGGCCAUCAACACUCUGGAAAAGUCUCGGGCUGAUUCUCAUCCAAUCCAAUUGCGUUUUUAUGGUCCAUGGGCUUGGACUAUUAUCACUCACGUUUCUAUGCCAUUAGCAAUAUUUUAUAGGUUCCAUUCUACCGUUUGUUUGUGUGAAAUAUGGAAGAGAGCUUACAAAAUUAAAGCGCCUUACAUGUAGUUUUACAUUUCGACAAGAAAAAAACAUAUCCUAACUGUAAUGUUUAUGAUUUUUUGUAAGUUUAUUUAAGAUGCAGUUCUUAGAUAUAAUUAUAAGAUAUUAUCUUUAAAAAUAGAAUCAAUUGUUCGUGUUGAAAAUUAAUUUUUAAAGAAGGUAUUAUAAAUUAUUUUUGUUAAAAAUUUUACUUAACUAGUUAAAGUAAAAAUCUUUUUUUAAAGAAUUAUUUUUGUUCUUUGAAUACGAUAUUUAUAUUUAUUUAUCAUUUUUUUUUUAAUCAAUGUGUAAUCAAGUUAUUUAUACUGGUGACUGGCCAACUACUUGGGGUCGGCCACUCGUGUUUUAAACCUCCAAAUGACACGGUCUCCCACAUCAUCUAUACAGAAUUUAACAUAUCACCCUUUAACUGCAUUCAACCACCUUUUUCCCUUCGACAUUCAUUUCUAUAACCAUUUUUAGAGCUUCCGAUUUUUCUUUUCUCAUAAUAUGACCAAACGAUUUAAGCCUAUUUUCAUACGUCAUAUCCACGAUCGACGCUACUCCUAUUCUAUCACUCGUCACUCCACUCAUUUGUCUAAGCAUCCUUAUCUUUCCUAGACUCUACUCUACUUUCUUGUCAACGCCCAACACACUAACCUAUACAAAAUAGUUGGUCUACAGUCUUUUAGAAUUUACUUUUUGACUUAAUUGCAAGUGUUAUUAAUUAAUUAAAAAAUAAGUUCAAUUAAUUCGUUAUUGACCGUAUAUUGAGUUUAAAUUAAUUCUACUUUUUUUUUUAUGUCCUACUUAUUUUAUUAAUUAUAGUUGUAUUAAGUAUAAGAUUGGAUCUCUCUUUCUAAUAAAAUAUUUUAUAGUAAACUUUUCUUAAUCCAAGAUACAUAUAAAACGAAAUUUUAAAUAUACAUUACAUACAUUGCGCAAUGUAUAUAGAGAUGUUGAAAAUAAUUAUUUAGCUUGUGUCAUAAUGUUAUUAUAUUAUAUAAUGAUCAUAAACAGUAAUAAAUCUCACUAUAAAUGAUCAUAUAAGGUACACUACCCUUUAAUUUUUGUCAAAUAAUGAUUUUUUCAUAAAAAUGUACGGAUUAAAAGUUGAUUUUUAUACAGGAUCCGUAGGAACAACUAUAUUGGUGAUAUAAUAUAUUAUCUUUAUUAAACGAAUGUAUUAGCUAUUACAUGUGUUCAAAUGGUGUGCUUUAGUGAUUCGUGAUUUAAGUUUGAACGCCUAAGUCGAAAAUUAUUGAUAUGUGAAUUUGAUAUAUGAAAAAUGUCUUUUUUAAAAUCUCAAGAUUAAAGUCAUAACAACUUCAAUUAUUAUCACUUAUAUCUAGUCUAUUCAUUUAAUGGUACUCAACUGGUAAAGCGUCGUGUCUCGGUUUGAAAAUAUCCUGGUUCGAUUCCGUAAUAGUAAGUUAUGUAAGUUUUCCAGUCCUCUUUGGCACAACAAAUGAAUUUAAUAAAUGAAGUUAAAUAAAGUGUAUAACUUAUACAAUUAUAUACUUUAUAAAAUUAUAAAGUGCAUACAAUUUAAUGCAUUCUUAAAUUUUAUAAAUUUCUAUGGCUUCCUAGAUUUUAUGCAUUUCUAUGGCUUCCUAAAUUUUAUGCAUUUCUAUGGCUUCUUCAAUUUUAUGAAUUUCUAUGGCUUCCUAGAUUUUAUGCAUUUCUAUGGAUUCCUAGAUUUUAUAAAUUUCUAUGGCUUCCUAGAUUUUAUGCAUUUCUAUGGCUUCCUAGAUUUUAUGCAUUUCUAUGGAUUCCUAGAUUUUAUACAUUUCUAUGGCUUUCUAGAUUUUAUGUAUUUCUAUGGCUUCCUAAAUUUUUUACAUUUCUAUGGCUUCCUAAAUUUAAAGCACCUUAAUGUUGUGGUAUUAUUUAUGGAAAAUUAGAGGGGUAUUUGCUUCUAUUGAAAAAAUUGUUAAAAAAGAAAAUUACAACGAAAUGAAUAUUGGAUCAAAAUUUAUUAGUUGUCUGUGAGAUCUAUUUCAUCCAGAAAAAAAACCUCAAAGCUUACUCCUAACUCUCUUAUGCUUUCCACUUUAAAAAUAUCUAAGCAAAUUGAAAUGGUAUAUAUGAAGACGUACAGUAUAAAAAAUCCGCCUAUGAAUAUUUCAGGAGUAAAAUUACAAAUUCAAUUUAUUUCCUAUCUAAAAAUUUAGAAGAGAAAGCUAUUUUUAGUAAAUAAAAAA